UCACUUGUAGGCGCGGGAGCUCCGAGCCGACGGCCGCAGUUUCCUAAGGUAGAUGAUAAUGCAGAGAUCUCAGCUCCUAGGCUUUUAAAAGCAGGUCUAGUCGGGGCUCUUCUCCAGCUCCGCCGCCAGGGACUCCAACGCUUCUCAGCCAGCUGCUUCCAGCUGUGUUGCCCAAAUUGAGGAAAUCUAAUUCGUCGGAAGUAGCUGUGGGAGCUCCAUCUGUGGGACUCGAAUCUGCGAAUAGUUCACUCCGUCCCGUCCCUGCAGGAAUUAUUUGUAGAGUAGUAAGUAUGCUAAUAUUAAGUAAGAUAGCAGGAGUUUUCCCCAGAUCACCGAAGAGUAACGUUCAUGGAUUUUUAAGAAGUUCUAGUGUUGGCCCUGGAACACUUUUUCCUCAUAAACUGGUACUGGGAAUUGAAACCAGCUGUGAUGAUACAGCAGCUGCUGUGGUGGAUGACGCUGGACAUGUGUUGGGAGAAGCAAUGCAUUCCCAGACCGAAGUUCAUUUAAAAACAGGUGGGAUUGUUCCUCCAGUAGCUCAACAGCUUCACAGAGAAAAUAUUCAACGAAUAGUAGAAGAAACUCUUUCUGCCAGCAGCAUCUCUCCACGUGAUCUCUCAGCGAUUGCAACUACCGUCAAACCAGGACUGGCUCUAAGCUUAGGUGUAGGCUUAUCAUUUAGCUUACAGCUAGUAAAUCAGUUUAAAAAGCCAUUCAUUCCUAUUCAUCAUAUGGAGGCACACGCUCUUACUAUUAGGCUGACCAAUAAAGUAGAGUUUCCCUUUUUAGUUCUUUUGAUUUCUGGAGGUCACUGUCUCUUGGCGUUAGUCCGAGGUGUUUCAGAUUUUCUGCUUCUUGGGAAGUCUUUGGACAUAGCACCAGGUGACAUGCUCGACAAGGUGGCAAGAAGACUUUCUUUAAUCAAACAUCCAGAAUGUUCUACGAUGAGUGGUGGGAAGGCUAUAGAACAUUUGGCCAAACAAGGAAAUAGAUUCCAUUUUACUAUCAAUCCUCCCAUGCAGAAUGUUAAGAAUUGCGAUUUUUCUUUUACGGGACUUCAGCAUGUUAUCGAUAGGCUGAUAAAGCACAAGGAGAAAGAAGAAGGUGUUGAGAAGGGACAAAUCCUGUCUUCAGCUGCAGACAUUGCUGCUGCGGUGCAGCAUACAACAGCGUGCCACCUUGCGAAAAGAACACAUCGUGCCAUUCUGUUCUGCAAGCAGAAAAAUUUGUUAUCUCCAGCUGAUGCAGUAUUAGUAAGCUAAUUAUUAUUAGCAUUACCUGCUAGUAAUGGUACACUUUCCAGCAUGUUUUUACCCCUCAGGAAUCUAGUUGACUUUGUAUUUAGAUGAGUAGGUCCUUGUGUCUCAUGCUGGACAAUGUAAAAUAAUACAGAAUAAAAGCAAUGUAUAGCUGUAAUCAAGGUAGACAUAACAUCUUUAUGGAGCAUAUAUAUAGCCUGUGUAUAAAAAAAUCCCAGGCUACAUUUUCUCUUUGAACUUUAAGAGGGUUUACCAUAAAGAAACCAUAACAACAUUGUGGUUACUAUUUUGAAAAAAGUAGGCUGCUAUCCUCCAUCUUUUAAUGAAAUCUCUUUAAAUGUGCUUACAAGACUUGAUAAUCUUCCUAUUUAAUGGGUCUUAGAUCUUUGAAAAUUAUAAACUUAAGGAAAUGUCUAAAUUUGGCAACUUGCAAGAUGGAAUAUUAAAAAUGAGUAUUAGAAAUAAUGGUUUC